AUGAAUUUUGGCUAUGCUACCAUAAUUUUUGAGAAAUUACUUUACUAUAUCUUAAGUGGUUACGUUUUUCUCCUCAUUCCACUACCUCUCUAUAGCGGUUAUGUUUUUCAGUCAUCUCAUCUACCUCUCUCUUCCUAUUCCUAUUUUGUGUGUGUUCUAAAUCGUUCCUACAACCGCCACACUGUUUCUCCAUCCACCAACUAUCCCUGUUUAUUCCAAACCCUAACCCCUAAAACCAUUACUUCCACCACCGUUUCUUCCUCUCCCAUAAAACGGAAACGGAAGGUAAGCGACUCUGCUCCACUUGAAGAGGAAUACAAACAGUGGGUGAAGGACGCCAAAGCUCUGAAACUGGAUGAAAUGAACAGAAAAAACAGGGUUGAUAACUUCAAGAAUGCUUCUGAAUUAAGGCCAACAAAAACUGGUUUGAAAGAAGGGGACACGGGUUAUGAUCCAUUUUCAAGGAUGUGGACAAUAUUAAGAAACUACUAUGUUGCAAAACCCGGAGUUGCCCAGAGAGAGGUCGAAGACGGUGUAGAUUUGUCCGAGGAAAAUCCAUGCUUUGUUUGCAAGCUUGAUGUCUUUAAUACCGACUUCGAGGUGAUCACAAGUUGA